AUGCUCCAUGAUGCCACUAUAAGAGAAGCUUGUGGUGGUUUGAAUUAUGAAAUAUUCCAUUUAUUUAGGAGAACAGCGAGGAGUGGCUCAGAAGCAAACAUAAAUCAACCAACAACAAAACCUCAUCGGAAGCAUUUGCGUGAUUCUUCUUCAAUAGGAGGGGCUACAGUCGACGUCUCCGGUAGGCCCGUCGUGGCUUCCUUUCUCAUCGUCGGCAGUGAAGGAGUUAGGGGUGUUUGGAUGGUGUUCCUCGACCAAUCGCCACGGAGGAAGGGGGUAGCUUCGGUGCUCCACUCGACUGUUUCCCUUCUUGUUGUAGGCUAUGGAUUUGAGCAGUAG